UGCAUUUGGAAGAAUGGAUGGAACAAUCAAUGUUCACAAUCCAAUCGGUUGUUUCCUGGAAGUUCAGGAAGAAGAUACAAGAGCCCAGAGACGGCUCUGGCUGUGCGAAACCGACGGAGAGGGAGGAGAGGAAGCUAUCGUCGGAGCUGCGUAUGGUGAGGCCAGAGUCGUUCGUGGCGUCGUCGACCGUUGGAAAGAAGAGGCCGAAGUUGAAGGUGUGGCGGCCGCCGAAGAGCCUGAAGAGGGAGGACGGCGGCGCUGAGCUUCCUCGGCCGUCGACGGAGACGGAAAGGAAGGACGUCGACGUGGCUUGGCUGCUGCUGAAGGAGAAGAGGAAGCUGACACUUGGGAUUGGAAUCGAUCGACGGCGCCGCACAGGACCAGGGCAGAAUCGGCGAGCCAUCUCGCCCUCGUCGCGAGGAGCGUGGCGGGCGACGGAAGCCUUCGACGAGUCGCUGGUCGAGGAGAAGGAGAGAUAUGAGUCGUCGAAGGAGGCAACGGCGGAGAUGGUGACGUCGAUUGCGGAAGACGGGGGCACUAGGGAGAGGAAGACGAGCCGGCGGCGGGUCGCGUCGGACAGGAAGAGUCAGAGAGGAAGAGGGCGCUGACGGCGGAAGUUGAGGAGAAGUGGGCGAGGGAGGUGGGCUGCGUGAUGUCCCCAAACCCUAAGCCGUCUCGGGUUGGGCCAGAAUUACCAAGUCGAUUGGACUAGCGGCUUGGGUCGGAUGAGAUGGUGGCUACAACCACAGAUUGGACAAAAGAUAGGCUGGCCUGGGAGGGGUCGAAUUGGGCCAAGCAACCUCCACGGGACGGUUCAAAGCUGGGGCUGAGCAGGCCGAAUGAUAGAGGGAAGUCUGGGCUGCCCUCGUGUCUUCCGGUCCAACGGAGCAAAAUGAAGAUGGGCCAACAAUGUGGGUCGUAUCAAGCUGCACCUGGGUUGAAGAACAGUUGUCUUGUUAGAUCUCUUCUGCAUGAGAAUGGGCUGGAGUCAGUGGGCCUCGUGGGCCAACAUGAUGGGCUAUCUUGGAAUAGGGCUCAUGACUUAGAAGAAUGGUUUAUUUGUUUAACAGGUGGGCUCUCUAGGAAUUGUGGGCCGGGAGCAAUUGUGGGGACAAUUAGACAGACGAAGAGGCUAAGUGGCAGGAAGAUGAACUCAAGUCCAGAGUCUCGACCUCCUUGCAGAACCGAAUCAGUAUGGGUCGUCGACAUGGAGUUUGAAGUUUUUGAUGGGUUGAUGCUCAAGGACAGAUUCUUGUACAAGAAGGAAGCAAAUAGUGGGCCCAUUAAAGUGAAAUUCAACAAGUUGGAUUGGCACAAGAGGUCAAUGCAAGAAACCCAAGUCGAAUUGGAGCAUGAUUGGAAGAAAAGGAAGCGCAAGAAGUGGAGGAGACAAUGCGCGAUCUACACGGGAGAUAGGUUGAAGAAAUGGGUCGAGUCGGUCAACCUUGAGGACAAGGUUGGUUUGAAGGGGGAGGGGAUGAUAGAAACCCAAUUUCCGGGUUUAUUCAUAAUUAUCAUAAUUACUUUAAUUAGAAUAUUAUUAUAUAUGGUUAGUAGUAUUUGAGUCAUAAUAGGAUAGUCUAUUAGGUUUUUCUAGUCUUUCGUUAUAAAUAUGUACUUUGCGU